AUGCGGGGCCGGGUCGCCCGCGCCCCCCUCCUGCUGCUGCUGCCGCCGCGGCUGCUGCUAUUGCUGCUGCUGCUGUUGCUAUCGCUGGGCCCUGGGAGCUUCGCUCUGGCCCCAUCACCCUGCCGUUCCUUGGAAGCCCUGGACCUGAGCUCUCCACACCUCUGCAUUCCCCAGCACUGGUUCUGUCCAGCGGGGACUGAGGGCCACUGGCUACACACCAGCCGCUGCCGUGCCAGGGGACCGGAGCUGACUAGCCGCCUGGUACCCCUGGAUAGGUUUAGGAGCAGGAGGGCCUGGUGCCCAGAGCCUGGGGCUCACAUUCCCCUGCCACCAGCACCCAGAGGCUGUCCCUGGAGCUGCCGCCUGCUGGGCGCCCGAGGCCACGUCUCCCCACAAGGCAAGCUGACCCUACCCCCAGGGCAUCAGUGUAUCCAGGUACCACAGCUGCAGUGCCAACUCUGCAGGCUGGCAUGGGCUCAGGGGCACCGGGCUGAGAAGUGGAUGGCUGGGGAUCUUCCAGGAAGUCGAAGGAAACGCAAUGUGAACACAGCCCCCCAAUUCCAGUCACCUGUCUAUCAGGCCACUGUGCCUGAGAACCAGCCCGUGGGCACCCCUGUGGCAUCACUGAGGGCUGUGGACCCAGAUGAGGGUGAAGCAGGGCGGCUAGAGUAUACCAUGGAUGCCCUCUUUGAUAGCAGAUCCAACCAGUUCUUCUCCUUGAACCCAGCCACUGGUGCUGUGACUACUGCUGAGGAACUUGACCGGGAAACCAAGAGUACCCAUGUCUUCAGGGUUACUGCCCAGGACCAUGGCACACCUCGUCGAAGUGCCCUGGCCACACUAACCAUCACAGUGACCGACACCAAUGACCACAACCCUGUCUUUGAGCAGUCUGAGUACAAGGAGAGUUUGAGGGAAAACCUGGAAGUAGGCUAUGAAGUACUUACGGUUCGAGCCACAGAUGGUGAUGCCCCUCCUAAUGCCAACAUCCUCUAUCGUCUGGUAGAGGGGCCUGGUGGACCCCCUCCUGAGGUCUUUGAGAUUGAUCCCCGUUCUGGUGUGAUUCGCACCCGGGGACCUGUGGACCGGGAAACUGUAGAAUCAUACCAACUAACCGUAGAGGCAAGUGACCAGGGUCGGGAUCCUGGGCCCCGGAGUGCCACAGCAGCUGUGUGUCUGUCCGUGGAGGAUGACAACGAUAAUGCCCCCCAGUUCAGUGAGAAGCGCUAUGUGGUCCAGGUGAGGGAAGAUGUGACCCCCGGUGCCCCUGUGCUUCGGGUUACAGCCACGGAUCGAGACAAGGGCAGCAAUGCUCUGGUCCACUAUAGCAUCAUGAGUGGCAAUGCUCGUGGCCAGUUUUACUUGGAUGCUCAGACAGGGGCUCUGGAUGUAGUGAGCCCCCUUGACUAUGAGACAGCCAAGGAAUAUACCCUCCGGAUUCGGGCCCAGGAUGGGGGCCGUCCCCCGCUCUCCAAUGUCUCAGGCCUGGUCACGGUGCAAGUCCUAGACAUCAACGACAAUGCCCCCAUCUUCGUCAGCACCCCCUUCCAGGCCACGGUACUAGAGAGUGUCCCACUGGGGUACCUGGUCCUCCAUGUCCAGGCCAUUGAUGCCGAUGCAGGAGACAAUGCCCGUUUGGAGUACCGAUUGGCUGGGGUUGGACCCGACUUUCCCUUUACCAUCAAUAAUGGUACAGGUUGGAUAUCUGUGGCUGCUGAGCUGGACCGGGAGGAGGUGGACUUCUACAGUUUUGGGGUGGAGGCAAGGGACCAUGGCACACCACCACUGACAGCCUCUGCCAGUGUCAGCGUAACCAUCCUGGAUGUCAAUGACAACAACCCAACCUUCACUCAACCGGAGUACGCCGUGCGUCUGAAUGAGGAUGCAGCCGUGGGCACGAGCGUAGUGACGGUUUCGGCUGUGGACCGAGAUGCUCAUAGUGUCAUCACUUACCAGAUCGCUAGUGGCAAUACUAGAAACCGAUUCUCCAUCACCAGCCAGAGUGGCGGAGGGCUGGUUUCUCUGGCACUGCCCCUCGACUACAAGUUGGAGCGACAGUACAUCCUGGCUGUCACAGCUUCAGAUGGCACACGUCAGGACACAGCCCAAGUUGUGGUGAAUGUCACCGAUGCCAACACCCACCGCCCAGUGUUCCAGAGCUCCCACUACACCGUCAACGUCAAUGAGGACAGGCCAGCAGGCACCACUGUGGUCCUGAUCAGUGCCACCGAUGAAGACACUGGUGAGAAUGCCCGCAUCACCUAUUUCAUGGAGGAUAGCAUACCCCAGUUCCGAAUUGAUGGAGACACAGGGGCUGUCACUACCCAGGCUGAGCUGGACUAUGAGGACCAGGUUUCCUACACUCUGGCCAUUACUGCCCGGGACAAUGGCAUUCCCCAGAAGUCAGACACCACAUACUUGGAAAUCCUAGUCAAUGAUGUCAACGAUAAUGCCCCCCAGUUUCUGCGCGACUCCUAUCAAGGCAGCAUCUAUGAGGAUGUGCCCCCCUUCACUAGCGUCUUACAGAUUUCGGCCACGGACCGCGAUUCGGGAUUAAACGGAAGAGUUUUCUACACCUUUCAGGGUGGGGAUGAUGGUGAUGGUGACUUCAUAGUCGAGUCCACAUCAGGCAUAGUGCGCACACUUCGGAGGUUAGACAGGGAGAACGUAGCCCAGUAUGUCCUACGGGCAUUCGCAGUGGACAAGGGUGUCCCUCCAGCCCGGACCCCAGUGGAGGUGAUGGUGACUGUCCUGGAUGUAAAUGACAAUCCACCUGUUUUUGAACAAGAUGAGUUUGAUGUGUUUGUGGAAGAGAAUAGUCCUAUUGGUUUGGCUGUGGCCCGAGUCACAGCCACAGACCCAGAUGAGGGCACCAAUGCCCAGAUCAUGUACCAGAUUGUGGAGGGUAACAUCCCUGAGGUCUUCCAGCUAGAUAUCUUUUCAGGGGAGUUAACUGCCUUGGUGGACCUAGACUAUGAGACUCGGGCAGAGUACAUCCUCGUGAUCCAGGCCACCUCUGCCCCACUGGUGAGCCGGGCUACCGUCCAUGUCCGUCUCCUUGACCGCAACGACAACCCCCCUGUCCUGGGCAACUUUGAGAUCCUCUUCAACAACUACGUCACCAACCGCUCCAGUAGCUUUCCUGGGGGUGCUAUUGGCCGAGUGCCAGCCCAUGACCCCGAUGUCUCUGACACGCUGAGCUAUAGCUUUGAGCGUGGAAAUGAGCUAAGCCUGGUGCUGCUGAACGCCUCCACAGGGGAACUGAGGCUGAGCAAGGCACUGGACAACAACCGACCCCUGGAGGCCAUUAUGAGUGUGUCCGUUACAG